UGCAGAACACGCUGGGCAGAGCCAAAAUGGGGAAGAACAUGUUGAAGAUUCCAAAACCCUUGAUUUCAUUCAAAUCCACAUAACUUCUCGCUCCGAGCUUCGAUUGACGAUCUGUUUGCGGCCACGCGACCACGGCGUCGAACUCUACAAAGCCCAUAACAUUGUAAGGUUUAAUUUAGCUUGCGGAGCUUAUUGAGCUCGAGUUGUUACGUGUGUGGGCAUGGUGUAGAUUUAAGUGGGUAUAUAAGCAUUGGAAUUGAAUUGGGAUUACUUGGAAGUUUGUUGAUGACCAAGGCUUGUUUUGGGGCUGUAUGAUUGAGCUUGGAGGGGCUGUAAUUUUGAGUUGUGAGGCUGCCUUGGGUGAACUAAGUGAUCGGCCAAGAUGCAGGUCGAGAGGCUCCUCGCUAGGCGUCUGGAUCUUCAAGCGGAGUAGUCCCUGGGAUGUUUUGGUUUAUCAGUUUAUGUAUUUAUGUACUUAGUUACUAGCUUACUCUCCAAUAAACUUGUUAUUUUGUUCCUCAUAGAGGUUACAGGAGAGUUAGGACUUUACUUCAGUAUUUUGGGUAUUUCGAGAUAUCCGUAUAUGUAUGUAUAUAUAUAUAUAUAUAUAUUCUCCGGCUAGCCUUGGCUUCGUAGGCUGAGUCAAGAGCUAGCUAUGAUGUUUCCUUGGCUUUCCUUUACUCUCUUGUUUAUCUUUUUCAUUUCCUAUCAGGUUUCUUAGCACGCAAGUAAUACCUUACUAUCCCAGUCUUAUGAAUUAAGCAUAAGAUUUAGUAUAGUAGGGUGUUACAUUAUGGUAUCAGAGCAGUUCGUUCCUAUAGAGCCUGAGGGACAGACUGAUUAUGCCUCUGGACAUACUCUGGGUGUCUAUACAUGCUAUUUAGGGUAUCUAACUGAUAUAUGAGGCAUGAAUGCUCAUGAGCAUGCAUUUGGGACUUUGAAAUACUAAACUAGAGAUAUUGAGAUUGAUCACCUUGAUAUCACUUGUUUGGUGUGAACAGAAACCAAAUGGCGUCUCGUGUGCACAGUCAUGAGCGUAAUCGAGAUCAAGGACGGAGAGCUAAUGAGGUAACUAUACCAAUAGAUAGUUUGACCGAUAUCGUGAUCGCAAUGACGAGUGUUGCUGCUGCCAUUGGUACUGUUGCUGCCGCGACCAUCCGAGUAAUGGAUGGGAUAGAACCACAAGCUGGAACUGGCAACAAUGAUGAUAAUGAAUAUGAAGGUGGACAUAAUGCUCCGAAUACAGGGGUACCACUGAGUUAUCUGGAGCAGGUUAAUGUGGGUCAGGCAACGGGAGAAAGCUCAAGGAGGGCUGAGGUAGCAAGAAGUGAUCACCGAGAACCCUUCACAAAGAAAAAGGGAAAGAUUACACCGAGGAGCCAAACUUUCAAAAAGAAUCGCUUUGUCGCUUCACAUUCUCAGCGCUGGAGCAAUGACCGAAGGAACGAUAACCGUCCGGAUCCGAAUGCUAAAGGGAAAACUAGUACUCAACUGGAUGAUUUAAGGUGCCCAAGGUGCAAGAAGUACCAUCCAAACAGACUGUGCAGGGCCGGAUUAGGCGUAUGUUACAAGUGCGGGAAGCCGGGGCAUAUAGCUCAAGACUGUCCACACAAGAAACGCCAUGAUGCAGUUGAAUCCGAUCUUCAGACUCGAGGUAAUCAUAAGUUAGCAGUUGAGUUUUUAACUACCUUGCGUAUCAUUAAUAUAUGUAUGAUCCAAUUGUGAAGCACGACAAGUUUUGAUGAUCGUGGAGUCCGAACCGAUGGUUAGUCGAAGACUACUAGUUGUUAAGAUGGAGCGAUACUUAACUAACUUAGAUGAGUGACUAGGUUCUUAAAGGACGAGAGUCAGAAUGACGCAGUGGAAUCAGGGUGGUUAGACUUUUGAAGGUUAAGG